UUUGGAUCCUCACUAGAAAACUCACAUGUUUUUUCUGCACAUUCGCAACGUCUAUGAGGUAAAGUUCUGAUUUUGCUGCUUUCUCCAACUAUCAGCUUCAAGCAUCAGCCCUUCCAAUUGGGACUCUGAGUAGGGCCGUGUUCAGAAUAUUUUGUAAUGUAGUCUUUUACCUCUAUGGAAACAGUCAAAAUUGUUCUAAUUCAAGAGGACUGGCAUUUGGAAUGAUAAAGACUUUGGUCUUGCCUUGCAAGGCAUUGAAGUUUCCCUCUGCAAAGUUUGAAGGGUCUAACCAGUUACAGCACAAAGGAACAAAAAUGGAGCUCACUAUAACACGCCCUGAUGAUUGGCAUCUUCACCUUCGUGACGGGGAACUUCUUCAAGCUGUAGUUCCUCACAGUGCAAGUCACUUUGCAAGAGGAAUAGUGAUGCCAAAUCUGAAACCUCCCAUCACCACCACUGCUGCAGCAGUGUCUUACCGAGAAUCCAUCUUGAAAGCACUGCCUGCCGGUAGUGACUUCACUCCUCUUAUGACUCUGUAUUUGACAGAUACCACAAAUCCUAACGAGAUCAAGCUUGCAAAAAGAAGUGGGGUUGUGUAUGCUGUGAAGUUGUACCCUGCUGGUGCCACAACAAAUUCUCAAGAUGGGGUUACAGAUCUUUUUGGAAAAUGCCUACCUGUCCUUGAGGAGAUGGCCCAACAGAAUAUGCCUCUGCUGGUUCAUGGAGAGGUUACAGAUGCUGACGUUGAUGUAUUUGAUCGUGAAAAGGUUUUCAUUGACACUGUUUUACGACCUUUAAUCCAAAGACUUCCACAGCUGAAGGUUGUGAUGGAGCAUGUCACUACUAAGGAUGCUGUUAAGUUCGUAGAGUCUUGCAAAGAAGGUUUUGUAGCAGCAACAGUUACUCCACAACAUCUUCUUCUGAAUAGAAAUUCUCUUUUCCAAGGAGGAUUGCAGCCUCACAAUUACUGUCUGCCUGUACUCAAAAGAGAGAUUCACAGACAGGCUAUCGUGUCAGCUGUAACUAGUGGAAGCAAAAGAUUUUUUAUUGGAACUGAUAGUGCUCCUCAUGAGAGACGAAGAAAAGAAUCUUCUUGUGGGUGUGCUGGUAUAUACAGUGCCCCUGUUGCUCUAUCAUUAUAUGCCAAGGUCUUUGAAGAGGCAGGUGCUCUUGACAAGCUAGAGGCCUUUGUAAGCUUCAAUGGGCCAGACUUUUAUGGACUUCCUCGAAACACGUCAAAGAUAAAGCUGAGCAAGACUUCAUUUAAGGUACCAGACUGCUUCUCGUUUCCAUUUGGAGAAAUCAUUCCAAUGUUUGCUGGGGAAACACUUGAAUGGCAGCCAUCCUUCAACUGAUUCAUCUUUCCAUACUCACGGACCAAGUUGUUGGAAUUUACUUGUUAAUUAUUCAUCGUUCUCCUAAUCUGGAAAUUCAAAUUAGAAGCGACCCCGGUUUUUAUGCUUAUUUCAUGUAUACAGAAUGUGAAGCUUAAUUUAAAAUUGAUAACAUGUUUUAAAUGCAUGAUCGAUCUUCUGAUUGUGAUUUCCAGGAAAUAAAUGAAGACUGAAUUGAUAUGUAA